GUUUUAUGAAGAAUUUAUUUUGUUGAUUAUAUUUUUAUAAAUUAAAUUUGACUCGAUAGUUUUAUAAAACUAUUAACAGGUAAGGGCCACUAUGUCGGAUAAUAAAGAUUGGAUAGUGGCGUCCCUUACCAGACAUACUUCAAUCAGCAACGGAGUAUCGGAAUAUCAGGAGUCCAUAAUACUGAAAGAUUUUAUCGAAUUGGAGCAAGUACGAAUUUACCCGGGUAGAUUAGCCUUUAAUGGAGCGUACGAUGGUAAAAAAUUUUUAGAAAAAUUUCGAAUAAUAAAUUUAGGAAAAGUUCCUGCAUUCGUGAGAGUAAUGCAACCGACAUCAAAGGCUUUUAGGAUGAAACCGUUGUCGAAAGGAUGUAUCCUGUCAUCAGGACUUAGUAUCACUAGAUAUAUUCGAUAUACGUAUUUUAGCGCUACGGCGCUACCACAAGUUCAUGUAACUGUUUACAUAAACGAGAAACCGAUUCUUUAUGAACUAGUAGUGAAUCUCAGUCAAGCUUUGGUGAAAACAACUCCGAAAAUUUUAUAUUUUGGUGACAUUAACGUCGGAACUUCCUCUGAUCAAUUAUCGUUGACUUUGCAUAAUGAAGGUCAGAAGAUAACACAUUUCAGUGUCGAUUUAGGAAGAAAUGAUUUAGAAUUGAUUGUUGAUCCGAUGAAAGGUUCAAUAAAGCCUGAUGAAUCUAUAAUAAUAAAAGUUGAAAUACUUGGAUCGAGAGAGGGGCAAUUCUUGAAGGAAUUCUGGAUAAAAACUGAGCCUCCGCAAAGGAUAUUACUUACAGGAACAUUUAUCACCCCCAAAUUGACAAUAGAACAUCCUCCAAAUAGUUUCGAUUUGAUUAUUAUAGAUUUUCCAAAGACCUACUACAAUGCUGAUAGCAUUAGGGCUCUUAUCAUUAAAAAUAAUAGUUCAACUAGUACGAUGUUUUGCACUAUGGCUAAUUGCAAUAAUGAAGAAAAGACCUUGGAAGAAGCGAAAAAAAUUGAUAACAAUCUCAAAUUCUUUCUAUUUAAUCCCAAGGAGGGCAGACUCACGAAAAACCACAAAGCUAUAAUAAUAAUUACGUUUGCACCACGGCGCUUAAGAGCUUUUACACAAAAGUACUGCAUAGCUAUGAUCAAAAUUAUAAAAGUUAAUUUUAGAGAUGGUGUCAUAAAAGGGAAAGACAUCGAAGUCAAAACGUUUUCGAGUAAUUCCGAAGUAGAUCAAUUCCAGAUAGGUUCGGUAGCAUCAAUCGACAAUCAAUUCAGCGAAAUCGAAUUCACUUCGAACUAUCUACGAAUAUGUCUGUACGGAGAAAUCGAAGAGCCCAACGUUAGACUUACCCCCCAUUCGAUAGAUCGCGAUGAUUUAUACGUCGGGACACUCUAUCGUUUCACAUUCAAUAUAAAAAAUUGUUCCAAAUAUUUACCGAUCACGUUCAAGUACGAAAAAUUGGCAUGCUUUCAAAUUGUCCCCCCGGAAAUGACUUUGAAGCCUAAUUGUAGCGUCGACGUUUGGCUGUUGCUCAAACCUUCUACUAUAGGGCAGAUCGAUACUAACAUAAAUUUACGAUUGACCUACAAAGCUUACGGUAUCGUUUAUAAAGUUGGUACUGCACAUUUCCACGCUAGGUAUAUUUGUCACAAACAUCCAGGUAUUGUGAGUCCAAUGAUUAAGCCCCAAUUCAACAUGGGCAUCACACCAAUUAUAACACACGAAGUAGGUUUUUUGGUUGACGAUAUCAGAUUCAAUCAAGCCAAAACUGCACCAAUAGUACCUUUCGUGGAUAACGCGAACAGAAUGAGUUUUGAUAAAAGAAAUACUGAUCUGAUUGCUUUUCCGAACGAUAGACCGAGAAGUUUGAGACCGUGGACUAGUAAAGUACCGUGUAAGACAAUUUUUAAAAAUAUUCCAAGAUUCAACAGCGCAAAGGACGAUUAUACUUUGUCUCCGGCUGAAAUUGAGAAAAAACGUAAAAACGAUCAAAUCUAUUUGAAUUUACUGAAUAAAAAUAGGAAACCCGUCGUCAACAUCGAAUCUGAAAGGAAUGCUUUUAGUUUCUACCCAACUUCAAUGGCGAAAAUACUAAUGACGAAUGAACCUGUGAGAGAUUGUCCUUACGUGUUUAAAACAACCCAGGAAAAACCGGGUUUAAUACCUUUAACUCCAGAACAACUUAUAGCAGUGAAAAUAAGUCCGCAUUAUAUUCAACUAGGAAAGAUAGCACCGUACAUCAGCUGUUCCGAUUUUUUUACAAUUGAAAACAAAAACGAAUUCCCGAUACUUAUUACUAUAGUUGCUUUGAGUAAUUCCGUGAUAGUGAAAGGCAAGAAGAAAACGACGAUCGGCGCAUUCGCCAUAUCUAAACUUUAUUUCGAUUGUUUUUCUCACGGCUUAGGAAAAUACUACGUUCCCGUAUACAUAAUCAUCAAUAAUUGUCAUAUUUUCGACGCCACUGUUUUCGCCGAAGUCGCGCCGUCAACAGUUAAAUGUAAAACGAAAGAAAUCACAACUAAUCCUAAAGACGAUGUGGCCUAUUUGGAAUUAUACAAUCCUGUUAACUGCGCCAUCGAUUUCUCUUUGGUACUUUUAGAUCAGAAUUUCAGUAUAAGACCGUGUAGUGGUACUAUCGAAUCGAGACGAUCUCUAUUCUGCAAAAUCGUGUUUUCUCCGAGAAUAGACGCGGUUUUUAAAACGGAUAUAUUCUUAUAUUCACAAAGUGGUGCGAAACAAGUGAUUGGUCUCAGCACGGAAAACAGUAAUGCGUCAGUUUUAUUCAAUACCCACUCCGUGGAAUUCAAUGAUAUCCCGUUAAAUAUGACGGUAUCGGAAUAUCUAGUUUUUAAAAACAACAGUCGAUCGACGAUAGUACUUUAUGUCAAAAACGAACAUCCCAUGGCAGAAAUAACCGUAUCUCCAAAAGAAGCGAUAGUACCUGGAAAGAGUGUUAUCUUUUUCAAAAUAUACGCUCAUUUCAGGACUGUGGAGACGUUCAAAUGUGAAUGCGUUUUCGUCGUCCAAGAUAGAUUCAAUCACAAAAUAGAAAUUGUGGGUACCGUGAACUACCCGACAUUCAGCAUUGAACCGAAUUACAUUCAGAUCCGAAAGAUAGUGACAGGCGCUUGUCAGCGUAAAGUAUUUAAAAUAAAAAGUACCAACAGCGCCAAAUUAUCGAUAAGAUUCGCCUUAGAUUUAUACCUGGAUUAUAAGAUUCUCGAUAUGGAUAAACGUGUCGUGGAAGAAAUUAAUUUGAAUCCUCACGAAACGAUUACUUUGUAUAUGGAAUUUCAACCGCCGGAACCGACUGCCUAUACGUUUUUUUUACCAAUGAUUAUAAACGAUUUGGUGGGCCCUCCAACGUUGAACGAUCCAAAAAGUUUUGAAUAUACGACGUAUUUUGAUAGACUUCCUAUAGAGAACGGUGAUUCGCCUAAAAUAAUCGGUUUACGAGUCUCUUGCGCUGCCGGGACUCCUUGGUUUCAAUUCUCUUCACUUUACUUGAAUUUUGACAAAGAUUUAUUGAAAAAAACCAUACGGAUAAAGAAUAUAUCGACGGUUACAAAGGAUAUCAAAUUAUUAAUAGAUAAUUUAGGUGAUUACUUCAAAGUGGAACUUCAAGAUUGUAGUGGAAUUUAUAAAAUAAAAGAAAAAUAUAUCAAAGUAACUUUAGAAUCUGAUCAAGAAGUAGUUUUCGCGUUCAGUUUCGACGGUGAUUGUUAUGGCGUUUACAGAACCGAUAUACCCAUAUUUGUUAACGAUUAUUUCGAAAACUGCCCUUUCAACUACGUUAGAUUGUACGCAGAAAUCUCGAAACCUACUAUACAAUGUAAAAUCAGGAUGGUUUGCUUACCAACCAUCCCGAUAAAAGCUACUUGUAUGAGCUUAGUUCCUUUUACCAUUCACUCUCAUCGGGAAGGUUGUAGAAUCAAUGUAGUCGUCGAGCAUAACUAUUUGAAAGCGAAACUCGUUAAAAACGUACAAGGUUCCAACCAGGACAUCAAAGUUACCUUUCUUCCCAAAACCCAAUGCGAUGUUAUAACUAAAAUGACGAUUAGCUGUUCUUGCGAAGCUUUUUGUGAAAUUUCAGUAGUAGCUUCGGCAAAUAACUGUUCGCUGUUGUCAUUUCGGCAUCGUAUGAAAUGGUAUCCCGAUAUAAAAGAACAAACUGUUGAUGAUUAUAACUACGAUAUGAAUAAUGUCGAUUUCCGACAAAAAUUGGACAAACUGAAGAUUAUAUUGGAAAAAUAUACAUACACGCAGGGAUUUUUUAGUUCAUUGUUUUAUAGAAUCCCUGAAACUAUAUCGAAAUAUCCUUUCGAGGUGUACCGGAAAAGCCAAAACAAAAGAAUUGGAGGCAAGAAUAAAAAGAAGCAUUUACCAAUUGUGACGCUCUUGAAGAAUAUGACUGAUGGCCGAAUAAUAAAACAUCUUGUCGAUGGAAUCCAUUCUGCGGUAUUAGACGAUAUAGAAGGUACUUUAUACGAUUAUACCACCUACAAAAAUGUAUUACUAUAUAUGGAAGAGUAUGGUAUGUUUACAAAAAACAUUCGACCGGAAUACCUUUUGACCUACAAAAGAUAUUUGAUAUUCAAAGAACAAUUUGUCGAUAAUGAAAAUAUCAUCGACGACGUAGUUCUGUCUGAAGUAGAUUAUAAUUUUUUGAGCAAACAAAGUUGGUUGGAUCUUUUGAUCAGAAUCUACAAAAUGUUGACUUACGAUAGAUUAUUGUCAGACAAUUAUUGUACUGCUGGUAAAUUGAUUGUCCAGGAUCCGUUCCAGGAACAAAGUAGAGAAUAUUAUCUCGCCAAAAAGGAUAAUUUCAGUUCAGAUAUUGACGAAGGAGAAAUAAAGCUGAUGCUGUGGUUGGAAUAUCAUUUCAAUUUGAAAAAAGAUAAAUUAUGGCCUGGCAAGGAAGUCCCCAGCAGAGUAAUUCGAGACUUGUGCUACGAUAUUAGAGACAGUCUUCCUUUGAUAACUCUGACUGCUACUUACUGCCCUUAUUUAGAGGAAUAUUUUCGUGAAACUUAUUUCGAGCCGUUCACCGAUCCAGGACAACUUCUCCAUAACGCUUGUUUGGUAUCUGAAGCUUGGAAUAAAUUGGAAUUAUCAUAUACAAUAUCGACGGACAAUAUAGUCGAACCGACGAAUACGGAAAUGAUAAUUUUCCUUUCGUAUCUUUAUUCGGUGCUUCCUUAUUUUUAUCCAAAGGAAACCGUAACCAUCAAUUCCGAUUUGGGGCAAACUUCUUCUGUACACGUUUUUUUAACCAACGAUGGGAAUGUAACGUCCAAUUAUAAGGCAAUUUUGUUUUCAAACGACAAUGACAGUUUUAGUUUGGAACCUAGUGAGAUUACUUUGAGCCCGACAGAAAAAAAAGAUAUAAGGGUGUUUUACAAAGCUAAACAGAUAAUGAGUCAAGAAGCGGUAUUAGUUUUAUCCGGCGAAUCCGGUGGUAGUGAGAAAUAUUCCAAAAGUUCAGCUAUCAACCUCAUAGGUAUUCCUGAUAUUUUAUAUUUCGUCGAAGAGUUCAGUUUAGCGGUAAAUAUGUACGAAUACACCGUUAAAAAUAUUCCGAUACAAUCGGACAAACAAACCUUACGAACAAUGUUAUUCGGCUACCACUUCUUUUUAUUUAUGCGACGAGACCAAUCCUACAUUGACAAUGAAAGACAUUAUAUCCGUCAAUUCGGUUCCCAUUUACCUAGACAGCUACGUAUCGAUGGUAUUUGUAAUUUUAACGAAAAUGGAGUGCACAAACUCAACAUAAGUCUUUGUUUCAUAACCUGCGGCAAAUCGAUUUAUUAUAUUUAUUUUCACAACAAAGAAGUAGGAGAUUUCUGUAUGAAAUUGAAUAUAGAUUCUAAAUUACCUGAAGGAGCUUUCGAGGAAGUUAGAAUACGUAUACCCUCGAAUUUCGAUACGUUCUCUAUAUGUAAAUGUAAAUCAGGUAUCAAUCCUCUUUGUCAGAGGAGUUUCAAAGCUGCCAUACCUUUCAGAAAUUCUCAUUUGUUGAUUGGAUUGAGAAAUAUGAUUAAGAUACAUGCGGAUAACGAUGAAAAGGAAUUUUGGAAUACGCACUUGGUAUUUCCAAAAGGAUUCCACAUUUUCCGCGAAUACGUAACCAAUAUGUUCGAACCAGCAUUAGUUCCUUUUAAAAAAGUUCUGGAUUCGGAAGUAACGUAUAUACCUAAAGUAGAAGGGGGCAGCUAUUCUACCGAAGGUUCAGUCAUUAUGAAAGAUAUAACUGACGAAGGAACUUUCCAGCUACUACUCCAUUGGGACGCAUCUUCUUUUCCCGAAAACGAAACGCUCGUUCUAAGGGCGGAUCAUAAGUUAGAAAUUAGAAAAUUUCAUUUGACCUUUUGGACAAGGGAACCACGUAAUAUCACAUGAAUUUGGGAUGCAUCGGGGAACAGGGAAGGGUAUUUUUAUUUCCAAAAUAAUUUUACGAAAUAUGUCAGUCGGGAUGAAUUUAAACAAGAUGGUAAAUAAUAAAAUAAUUUCAC